AUGAUAGCUCAUGUAGAUAUUUUGCUUUAUUAUCUGAGGAAAAAAAUUAAAAACGGACGUGGUGCAAACAGAAGAUGCACAACUACUGACAAUUUUUUCGAUCGACGUAUUCAAGCCAUAUACGCUUUAUACUUGAAAAAGCAAGAUACGUCACUUGUUUCUUCGAAAAAUACAGCGACUGAGUACAUUUACGGUGGUCAUAUGCGUUGCAACACCAAGUGGGCUGAUGUUGAUGAUGUUCUUUUCCCGAUCAACUGCGGUAAAGAUUGGCAUUGGAUAUUGGCUCGGCUGAACUUCAAGGAACGAUGCAUAUAUGUCUACAAUUCGUUGAGGUCAGUUCGAAGUGACUCAUCUGCAAUUGAGAUCGUUAACUGCUAUAGUGUGUUGCUUCCGCUCUUCCUUGAAGAUGUCAAAUUUUUUGAAUCUCGAGAUGACAUAGACACUACCAGCGGUCCUUAUGAGGGAAAGAGUAUAACUGACCCAUUCAGAAUCGAGAUUGUGCAGAACUUACCCAUUCAAACUGAUACUGAUUGUGGAGUUCAUAUGUUUGCCGCUGCUGAGUUUUUUGUUGAUGGAAAAGUUAUGGGGCAAGAUUUUAGUGCCAAAGAACACCGUGCUCGUUAUGCUUCGUCAUUAUAUUUUUAUGGUCGUUGGAAGUACGAAUCUUCAGUUCUUAGUGAAAAUGAAGCUCCUUUGAAAAUCAAGAGGGUGGCUUCUUAGGCAUUUUUCCUUUUAGGAUUUUAUUUUGUUUUGUAUCGGAAAUAUAUCUGAAUAUUAUCGUACUAUCGUACUUUGGAUGUUAUUAUUUGUCUUUUGUUUUUUAUAUUGUAAACAGAAUUUAUAUUUUUAA